GGAGUGCUAUUCAUUUCAACAUGGCAGCGAACAGCAGUAGCAGCACGGCCAGUAAAAGCAGUGGAGGAAAGCAGUCCGGUCCCUCUGCUGAGCAGGUUGUGGCAACUUUCCAAAGGAUGCGGCAGGAGCAGCGCAGCAUGGCCUCAAAGGCUGCUGAACUAGAGAUGGAGAUCAAUGAACACAGCCUGGUAAUAGACACACUGAAAGACGUUGACCCCUCACGGAAGUGCUAUCGUUUAGUUGGAGGUGUUCUUGUAGAAAGGACUGUUAAAGAAGUUCUUCCUGCAUUGGAAAACAAUAAAGAACAGAUAUCAAAGAUUGUUGAGUCACUCAACACACAAAUGCAGACAAAAGGUCGGGAGCUGACAGAAUACAGGGAACGCUACAACAUCCGGUUGGUUGGUGAAGAUGACCGACAAGGCAAAGGCAACAGUGGUCAAUCUAAAGAAAGUGAAGGAGGAGGGUCUAAAAGUGGAGCAGGAGUCCUCGUUUCUUAGUCGAUAUAAAACUGUACUUGAUGGUGUAAAGUUGACAUGGUGUAGAGAGCCUGAAUAUUGUGAAGUCACAAUUUACAUGUGAAUUUUGUAUAUUCAUAAUAUAAAAUUCUAAUAUCUCUUUCAAUUACACUGUAGACCAUAAUACACCACAACUGAUCUUGAGAAUUCUUGUAGUUACACAGUACAGUCAUAACAAGUUAACAUGAUGAAUUCAUUUUAAGUAGUGCAGACUUGAACUCUGAUCCUUCACUCCUUGUUAUUGCUUCACAUGCGCAACAUUUAGGUUUUAACACACCAGCCUGGUGUUCUACAUAUCAUGAUGCUUAUUGAGAAACUGCAUUUGCCAUUUACAUUUCAAUAAACGUACAGAAAUAAACUGUUACGUCAUGAACUUAACAACACACCAAUUAAAACUACAUUUUCAAACUAGAAACUGAAGAGAUGAAUGUGUUGAGUAUCACUAUUAAUAAACUACAUUUUCAUGAAGACAUAAAUGCUCGCAGGCCUUUAUUUGGCCUCUCUUAUGCCCUAAUAAUACAUUUGUUUAGAAAUUGUAUCUUAGGAAAAGGAAAAAGCAUUUUGUGGUCACUUAUUGAUUCUAGAGCAUAUAACAGUCCUACUUAAGAUCAUUUGCCAAAAACAAUAGUCAGCAAAGCUUUUUUAUGUUUGUAUUUUUUGUUAUUGAAUUAAAAAGCACUCUUGAACACCC